AUGACUAGUCAGAAUCAACUGCAACCUCAAUAUAUUCUCAAUUUGGUGCAUUACAUUGUUUUUGACAUCAUGCCAUGCACAGGUGGAAAGCCUCCAGGGCCUAUGAUGCCAAUGUCUGGUCACUAUGUAGCAGAUGAUAUUGCAAUGCCAUUUUCUUCUGUCCUCAAGGAUCUUAUCAUUGUAGAAUACAGGCCAUCAAUGGACAGAAUGGAUCCUGACCAUGCAGGCAAUCCACAUGCCUUGGCAGUCCAUAUGCACAUAUGCUGGCACAUGGACAUCUGUGCUAAGGGCCUCCAUAAUAUUCUUGCAGAGUCAUUCAGCUUGCUUGCCACACCAAUGAUGCCAAUGAAUGGGCUACCCCUGCACAAAGACACCAGGAGCAAGCUACCUGAGGAUGCUAUAUUAAGCCAGGAGAGGAAAAGACGCACCACAUUAGCACAAGCAAUCUACAGUGCAAAGUUGGACUCACAGAUGGUCUGGAGGAUUAUGGAGCUGGUGCAAGCACUCAGGAUUAAGGUGCAGCAUGUGAAGAAUGCUUGUGAUGCUUGGGAUGAUGAUAAUUUGGAAGGACCAAGGAAGGCAUAUGUCAGCCAUCAAAUGGACACAAUUGUGGAUCUCACAAGUCAACUAAUCAUUGGGAAUGGGGCAAUUCUCAGGCACUGUCAUAUGGAGUUCUACACCAAGGAGCAGGCACAAUCAUGGAAGGGGAGAGCGGACAAAAUGGAAUCAUUUGAAUAUCUGAGCAUGCCAUCAUGGUUGGUGAAUGUUUGCUACAUGGGUGGAUCAUCUCCUGAUGGAUACAAGAUGUUCCAACUCACUGAACUUGCAGUCAUGGUCAGGCAAGAGUUGCUUCUAAUAGGUCAAUUCAGGUAG